GGAGGAGGAGGCGGCGGCGGCGGCCAGGGGGACGAUGAUGGAGGGGCCGGAAGAAAAUGGCACCGCAAUGAAAGCGGGGGAAUUAUUGCCGUGCAAGAUUUGUGGACGAACAUUCUUCCCAGUAGCAUUAAAAAAGCACGGGCCGAUAUGCCAGAAAACCGCCACAAAGAAGCGCAAGGCGUUUGAUUCCAGCAGGCAGCGGGCAGAAGGGACCGAUAUUCCAACAGUAAAACCUCUGAAGCCUCGGCCAGAACCACCAAAGAAGCAGUCUAACUGGAGAAGGAAGCACGAAGAGUUCAUAGCCACCAUCCGCGCAGCCAAAGGGCUUGACCAGACCCUUAAAGAAGGGGGGAAACUCCCCCCACCACCUCCACCUUCCUACGAUCCUGAUUACAUUCAGUGCCCUUAUUGCCAGAGGAGGUUCAAUGAAAAUGCAGCCGACAGGCACAUCAGUUUCUGCAAGGAGCAGGCAGCUCGCAUCAGCAACAAAGGCAAAUUCUCCGCCUCCGACACCAAAGGAAAAGCAUCUCCUCGAGCUCAGUACAAGCCUCCCGCUCUUCGAAAACCCAGCACCCCAACGACGCUUCCCUCGGCCUCUUCUCGCUUACCGCAGCCGAGUAGCGCCAGCAAGGCCGGCCUAGGUGGGCCUGCAAGCAAGGUACCCUCUCCCGGGGCUCCGUGGGGAACCAAAGUUCAAACCUUAUCUCCUUCUCACAAAGGUGCCGUGGGAGCUGCAGCCCCUCAGGCCGGAGGUACCCCGAAAGCUCGAGCGCCGCCCCCGCCCAGCCUGGUGAGAAGCCCCAUCCCGGCCGCGCUGGCCAGCAAAAGGAAAACCUACGGAGUCGAAGGUUCCACGAGCAGAGCAGGCGGCGACCGCUCCUCAGCGGCCAACGGCUGCGACGGCGGCUCCCCGGGACCCUUCCCCAAGUUCUGCCACGAGUGUGGGACCCGCCAUCCCGUGGACUGGGCCAAGUUCUGCUGCGAGUGUGGCGUUCGGAGGAUGGUCCUGUGACCCCCGACCGGAUCGACGGCGCGGCCGGCCGACCCCGCGGGAAGCUCCUCCGCCUGCUGUAGCCGUCCGCAUCCCAGGACCCCCGGCCUGGAGGAGUGACUUGAAGGGGCAGCCCUCUGCUCGGUUAUCUAAUUUAUAUGCGUGAGUGUAUGAAUGUGUGUGCGCACGUGCGCGUGAAACAGCAAAGAUCCCGGAGAAGCGCCCUGAGAGUUUCCCGUGGACCCACGCCAGCUUAGAACAGGUGAUGGUUUGCUUUUCCCCCCAGCUCUGAACCCGGCGGGAGGAAGGGCGGCCGCACCCCAGGGCCACUCUCCGGAGCCGUGGCCCCGGCCCUCUUCCCCGAGGCUUCCCUAGGGCCCUCCUGGAGAGGGACUCUUUCUAGAUCCACCCUAGGCCCCCCGGGAAGGCCACUUGGAAACGUGGGUCUGGGUCAUUCCCAGGGGAACCCGCUCCCUGCUGCUCUGGGCCGGGGAGCGGGGGAGAAGGGGCAGGAGCCCACGCAGAGAGAGUGGUGGUUUUUUCUCCUAGAUGGUCCCAAGGCUUCCUCCCCAAGGUGGGUCUCUGUCACCGUCGCCCAGCCCCUCUCCCCUCCUCCUGGCAGGCACUGCUGCACGAGUCAUUCUGCUGCACGUCUUCUCUAACGGGCCGAGCUGUUUUCCCUCCACCACCUCCAUUGGGCUCGGCCUUUACGGCCAGGGUUCGCCGCUGACCGGUCAGUAAGGGAGGAGCGGUUCCGUGCGGGCGAGGCGGACCAGUUAGAACUGGUCGUGCUUCCAGUGUGACUAGUCUUUCCAGUCAGCUCCGCUCUGCUCCACAUCCAGUGCCCGCUCAGUCGCCGAGCCCGGUGGGUCCCGGCUCCUGGCUCUCGCCGGAGACGGGAGGGAGAGGCGGCAAGGUGCGGGCACCCUGGGCAGUCUAGAGGGGCCGGGAGGCAGCUGGCGGUUGGUCGUCUCCAUAGAAACCUGGGUUCAGAAAGCCGAAGGGGGGUGGGGGCAAGGUAUUUAUGAAUUAGGCAACAGGCUAUGUACACAAAGCCAGUUUUAAGACUUUCAUAAUUAACUUCUUCUACGACUGCUCUCUUUGAUUUGUUGUGCAAUACUGUUCCUAAGAAACUGUCUUGAGGCCAGGUCUCCUCGCUUCAGCUUGUGUGUGAGCGACCGUGUCGCAAUGUGGAAAAUGAGUUCCAGCUUGGGCCGCAAGUGUAAAAUCCCCACUGUGGCCCACUCUGACAGUAGGCACUAGCUCCACGAACCACAUGCCCCUCGACCUCGUCACAACUCGAGCCCCUGUGCAUCUCCCCGUCCUCUCCCAAUAAAGGAACGGAACACU